AUGGCGCCACGUCACAGCCAUCAUCGAAAGCAUGCAGUCAAAAAGGCUCAAGAAGAUACUCCGUCACAGCCUCCUCCGCCGCUCGCGAAUACCAAACCUGCCGCACCAGCAGCAACGCCGUACGUUGCCCUAGCUGUGGGGCCGUGGUCUGCCUGGACCCUUGAUAGUGAAGAUAGGGGGUUUUACUUCAGAAAUCGCGUAACAGCAACAGGUCAAAUGCAGUGGGAAUAUGCUACUUCUACACCGUUGCAAACAUACGCCUAUCCACAACUGACGGCGGAGCCGCCGUCCUUUUACUACCACCCCGUCGUAAAUCCUCCCAUGCAACCUGUGUACGACUAUACGCCUCGAUAUCCAGUCAAUGUGGCCGCGAGUGAUAUCAAGUCUAGCGAUGCUUCUGACGCUACGUCCGAAUCUGAAGACUUUGACGUCGCUGCUGCUAAGCUAGCAGGAUUCUCGAUUCCGGCAAUCAUCGAUGUGGACUCGAAGAAGAUUGAGAUGCGACUUCCGAAUCUUCGAUCUGGCGAUACCACCUUUGUCUGGGACCGAAAGCAUGGGCAUUCGUCGAAGACAAAGAUCUACUCAGAUACAGACUCGAGGGUUGAAGAGUGGUUGAGGAAUGAGUUCAGUGUUUGA